AUGGAUUUUUACAAACUUAACGAGAUUGAAGACUGGGCGUGUAUAAAGGUUGUAAAGUAUUACCGUGCGAACUCGGGACAAAAAACUUGGACAAAAGUACUUGACAAAAUAAAAAAGGAUCUCCAAAUUGUGGCAUCAGACCCAACCUUUGACGCGAGACGCAAAAGAAAAGCUCAGGAAAUUAUAGACAGCUGGAAGGUAGAGCAACAAGUGCUUGCGACUGGAAAUGCUGUGUCUGUCGAUAAUCGUCGUAUAACCGAAAAACGUCGGCAAGAAGAUCAAGAUGAUAGAGAGGAAACAUUGGACGAAAGAAAUAAAACUCCAUUGACACAGAAGAAAAAGUGCAAAACUGAAUCCGAAAAAAGAACGAGAAGCGGGAGAGUUGCUGUACCUGAUUAUUGUGAAUUGGUUGAAGAAGCAACAACAGACGAGGAUGAACAGGAUUCUGCAGAUCAAGAAAACAAAGAGGAAGCAGAAACUGAGAAGGGAUUAGAAUCUCAAGAAUGUGACGUGAAAAAAACUAUUCCAAAUGAUGUUACAACAGACAUUUUAGGGAAUUCCGUUGAAUACUCGGAUACAACAAAAAAUAUUUUUUCGUUUUAUAAAGAACAAUUCCCCGAUGGCGAUUUAAUUGACCUCCGGCUGAAUUCACCCUUUCUUAAAAAACUUCAAAAACCAAUAGCAACAUCAUAUUUGACGGAAAUGGAUAAUAUGACAGAAUUAUUGGUUCCCACAAAUGUUCAUGAAUUUCUUGUAAAUUUUUUUUCACAAAGCUUAUCAGCCAAAGAGUGGAAUUACCGAAUCGAUGAUUUAAGAGCACCAGAUAAGGAUGAUUUCAUAAUGAAUGCAGUUGUUCGGGUCUUACGUCGAACAUUGCCAGCAUUCAUUAAAGCAUUUUCACUUGAAGAGCAAAACCCGCUUUUCAAUGUUACUACCAUAGAACAUGCUCAUCUUAACGCUUUCGUUCAUCCAUGUCUUGAUGCCUUUUUGUGGUACAUUGCUGACAUACAUUAUGAAUAUGGUGAGAUAACGUCAAAAAAUCAUAUUAAUGGUAACCGUGCGGACAGAGCUGGGUACAUGACGGAUGCUGAUAAAUAUCAGCUCAUAUAUAUGGAGGGCUCCAGACCAGUGGCGAAGGAUAAAAAGGAAAUUGAUGAUGUCAAAAAAAUAACAAAAAAUUUAAAGUAUAUGUUCGCGAAAAUUGUUGAAGAAACAAUCAAAAGUAGGCAACGAUUGCCAAAGAAGUUGUAUGUAUUUGGCGGACAGAGUUUUCGCCUUAGAAUAUACUUAUAUUUUCUUGAUUAUUGCGGAACGUAUAGACUAAAUGAGGUUGAUAAUGCCAAUCUUCCUCGAAAAUUUUCUGAAAUGAAAUCUUUCAUUUAUUUCUAUGAAUCUGUAUUGAAAUGGGCGUUACUGGUACGUGAUGUUACAGCAUCUUUUGAUAAUGCAAGAGCUGAGCAAAGACCAUCACGACUUUCAUUUGCAGAUGCUCUCCUUCGACUGGGCGACUGA